AUGACACAAAAGAAGAAGAAUAUAUACUCGCGACACCAACAGAAGGAUGUUGGCAAAGUUGGCUGUGAUGGACCUUGUUGUGAUGCCUCACCAUUUGACAAGAAGAGGAAGGGACCAAUGACCAAGAGGGAAAAUGGUCGUCAUACCUCAAUCAUACAUGACCUGCACCCGAAUAGUUCAGGUGCUAGCAUUACGGUCAGCAUCAACAAGGAUAUCUACGACACAGCUGCUACACCAACGACGACAGGAGGCAACAGCUCAUGUUUGUGUUUUGAUCCUGUUCAUCACGACUAUGCCAAACAACAUCAACUGACGAAUCAGCACGAUCCCAAGCGAUUGGAGGAUUUCUAUCAAACCUUCCAAUUCCCCGUGGUGCAUGCAUUGGAUCAGCACCACCCAACCAUGUAUCACUAUGGACAGGACCAGUGUUCCGCCGCCCCCUUGACAUCAAUGACAAUGCCUACAACACCAAUCAACAACGGUAUCUCAGCCAUGACACCAGCACAGCAAUCGCAUGUGCGACUUUCCACCAACAACUUCUACCUCUCUCACAUCCAUCAGCUGUACACAAACGCAAACCAUGCACAUAAUGGAGUCAAAGUGUUAGACAGCUUUACAUAUCCUAUCAUCUCCGAGUUCCACUUUGAGAGCAUAACAACACUUCGCCACAAGUUCUUUGCGACCUUCCUCGAGACAACUCAGCCAGUCUUUGAUAUUGGUACAUCAUUUAUCAUAAUUCCACUCUUCCACAACAAUCAUCACUCACUGGCCCUCGUUGGUGUGAAGGAUGCAAGCCCACAGUACAUUCUUCACAUUGACAGUGUAUCGACAAGUUCUCAUUCAUCAUCACCUUCAGCGGUCGCAGCUGGUGGCUCAGGUGGCGCACUGGACUGGGAGAAGAUCAAACAGUUCAUCUACAUUCAACACAUACUUGACGAGUGUAGACAAAAGGCCAUUCCCUUGAGCAAACAGUCAGUAGACAUCAAGACGUCCACCAAGUAUCUUCAGGUGUUCUCAAUGGUCAUACCACUCUGCUCAAACGGAUCUACUUAUAGUUUGUGCGAUCACACCGAUUGCAGCAAUGCAGUCCUUGCUAUAGCUCAGAUGUUGUUCGACACCAGUCUGACACGUGAUGUAGUGGUAGGAGCCAACUAUAAUCAACCACCGAUCGAGCGCAUCAACAAUCAAUAUAACAACAACAAAGCCAAGUACCAACUUAAAGAUAUGGCAUCAGUGGUCGACCGCGCCAUCAGCGCCUCCAAUCAAGAUCAUAACUCGAUGUGCUCAGUGAUCCAGAAGCAAGAGCUGCCUGCCUACUUUGGUCGUGAUUUGAAGGCAAACUACUCACUCGGCUUCCCAAAGAACUGCUACUUUGAGGUUACAAUCACAGUCGUGCCCGAUACCACCACCAAUACAUCAUCAUCGCAAACACUGGUGUAUUCAACG